CCUACAGAAGUUGAGAGCGUUCAUGACGCGUCGCGCUGCGUGACGCUUUUGUGGUCCUACUUAUCAUAAUUGCAUGGACAAAAGUGUAAACGUGGUCAUAAAUUGUACUCGUUUUGUUGAAGUGAAAAACGCUGUAUUUAAGCUUUACAUGCAAGAUUUAUCUCGAUUGGUGUUUACCUUUCUGGCUUUUACUCGACAGUCGGGUUGUGUGUUAAAACACGAGGGGGCGUCCUAUCUAGACAGCAUUUUGGGCAUAGUAGUAUAGUAGAUUUGUUUCUAAGCUCACAUGACUAAAACGGUGUCCUAAAAUGCUGUCUAGGUAGGCGGCUCAGGGUUUGAGGCGCUGCCUACAUCUCAGUUCCGCAAUUUGAAGCUUUAUAUGUGUAAGUAUGUGAGCAGUUUGUGUCAUUAUUGGCGAUAUGGAUCUAAAAAGCGAGCUGCUGAAGUCCAUCUGGUACGCGUUUACAUCUCUGGAAGUGGAGCAGUGUGGAAAAGUGUCCAAAUCUCAACUUAAGGUUCUCUCACACAAUCUCUAUACAGCUCUGAAUAUUCCUCAUGAUCCUGUGGCAUUGGAGGAGCACUUUAAAGACAAUAACAAUGGGCCGGUGUCCAGCCAAGGCUACAUGCCUUACCUCAACCAAUAUAUUGUGGCAAAGGCCACAGAGGGGACGUUUAACAAGGAAAUCUUUGAUGAGCUCUGCUGGACGAUGACUUCAAAGAAAAACUGCAAACCUAGCAGUUAUCAGGGCUUGUGUUCACAGAGAGACUGCUUCAAGUUAUUCUGCUUGUUCAACCUGCUUUCUGAAGACCGCUACCCAUUAGUCAUCAUUCAACCGGAGUUGGAAUACCUGCUGAAGAAAAUCCUAUGUGCAAUGAACCAAGAGUGGGAUGGGACGUUACUAGAUGACCUUCUGUCCCAGAAUGCAGCUCUUCAGGACGGAAUGUCUAUAUGGGAAUUCCUGGAACAUCUGAGUGCAGGCCGGCUUUUGCAUGUUGAGAAUAAAGAGGCUUUUAGUUUGGCUGUGGAUGAUGUUUUUAUGGAGAUGUAUCACAACAUCAUCAAAAAGGGUUACCUGUUAAAGAAGGGGCACGUUCGCAGGAACUGGCAGGAGCGCUGGUUCGUCUUAAAACCCGGUAGCCUGACAUACUAUGUCAGUGAGGACCUGAAGGAAAAGAAAGGAGAGAUUCCACUGGAGGAGGGCAGUGUUGUGGAGAAUCUCCCUGAUAAGGAAGGCCGGCGCUGUCUGUUCUGCGUAAAAACUGCAUUGAGGACGUACGAGAUGAGCGCUUCAAACCUAAAGCAAAGAGUAGACUGGAUGCAGGCUAUACAGACGGUUUUCAGACUGAGGGCUGAAAGAAAGAGCUCUCUGCAUUAUGACUUGAAAUUGAACAGACGCAAGCAGAGGGAGACCUUUCAAAGAAGCCAAAGCAACCAGAGCAGCAACAACGAACCAAUAGCAGAUGAGAAGCAACACUCUGCUCCAGAACAUCAGGUGGAUACAGAGAGUUUGGAUCAGCACAUUGAAAGCAUCAUUCAAAAACAGAGGGAGGUAGAGGCAAAACGUAAAGAGGAAGAAAAGCACGAACGAGAGCAACUGCAAGCAGUACAGAAUGAUCUGAGGAAACAACUAGAAGAAGCCAAUGAGGCCAGGGAAAAAAUGGCGGUUACCUUGACUGAGAUGGAGAAGGAAGUCCAGCAGCAGAAGAAAAAGAUCUCUGAGUUAGAGCUCACGCAAAAAAAACUGGAAGAAGCUCUAGACACUCAGAUUCACGCCCGGAUGGAGGAAGACAAAGUCCGACAUGAACUGGAGAGGCAACUCGCAGAAGAGCAAAAGAAACUUGCUGAGCUUUUGCUACUUCAAGGCCAGAUGGUUACUCCAGCUGUGAGGAGUCAGGAGGAGGUACCACCCCAGGACUCUGCUUCAACCUUAAUACCACCUACCAAUCAGAAACCAGAGGAGAGUAGCCGAUGCGAUGCAGGGGUGAAAGGCAAUGAAGGAGUGGAGCAGGCACUACCUACCAUUGACCCACCCACCACUUUUUCCCCAACACAACCCAACAACCAGCCAGCAGAGGAGAGCAGUCAACAAAGCACAGAGGAUCUGGGGACUCAAUCUACUGCCACACUGAUGCUGAAACAAUGGAAAAUACAGCUCAACCGUCUCAUGAAACCUAUCACGCCAGGAGACAAAGUUGAGCAUCUUCCAGUGAAGCCCACUUGUCCCAGGCAGGGUCAGGCGCUUACCAGCACAGAGUUCAUCACUAAGGUUCAAACAGGCAUCACUCAGGAAAAGGGAAAUAGUUAUAACCCAUCACAGCUCCAAGAAGAGGAAGGAUAAGGUUUCUAUAUCUGCCCAGAGCUCACGGAAAGUGCCUAUUUUGUACAGCUGGAUUUCUUUGCGUUUGAUGUUGGCCUACACUGCAGUAGAGCCUUUAUAUAUAUGUACAGUACAUCUUUCCAGAUACAUUUCUUUUUAUUAUAUAAUAAGUGUUAUACAUAAUACAAACAUUAAGAAUUAUUUUGGGAGACAUUGUGCUGUUGAUGCCAGCAAGCAUAAGUCAUGCACAGUAAUGCUUUACAUCCUCUAAAUAAUGUAUGUGUUUGUAUGUAGUGUAUUUUUUAUUGUGUGUAAUUUUAUGUACAGUCAAUAGAGGGGGCACUUGUUCUGGCUGCAGUUUCACAUUUUUGGGUCAAAACUUAUUGCAUAUGUGACCAAUGGACAACAAAACUAGUCGUAAGUGGCACGGGUAUAUUUGUAGCAAUAGCCAACAAUACAUUGUAUGGGUCAAAAUUAUUUAAAAAAAUUAAAUGCCAAAAAUCAUUAGGAUAUUAAGUAAAGAUCAUGUAAGAUAUUUUGUAAAUGUCCUAUACCGUAAAUAUAUCAAUAAUGUAUUAAUCAUUAGUAAUAUGUGUUGCUAAUGACUUCAUUUGGACAACUUUAAAUGAGAUUUUUAAAACAUUUUCCACCAAAUAUUAUCCUAUCCUAAGAAACUAUACAUCAAUGGAUGGAUGGAAAGCUCAUUUAUACAGCAAGUUACAGAUGAUGUAUAAAUCUCAAUUUUAAAAAAUUGACCCUUAUGACUGGUUUUGUGGUCCAGGGUUGCAUAUAUAUUACUGUAUUAUUUCUUAGGUUUUGUGAUUCCUAACACUAUGUAUCACAGGUGUCCAGGGAAUCUGAAAACAUGCAAUCAACAUAUUUUUUUUUCAUUUUGCUAAAAAUGCAUUGACUAAUGUAAGUAGCAGAAAAAGUGAUGCCCCUUUUUAAUGCUAAUAAGUGAAAAUAAUCAUACAGUCUAUAUUUAGAUCAGUGGAGACCAGCUCGAAAGCACAGUUCAGUUUGUGGUUUUGAGGCUUCUAUUCAGAAUGAAUAAUGAUUCGCUCUGUUAGUUUUGGGUGGUAAUCAACAGACUGACUGUAAAUGAUAUUUUUAAAGAAAAGUUGUGGCAGUGAUUUUCCAGAUACAAAUCUUUUCUCCUUAUGGUUUGGAGUGUUUCUACCUGCGUGUCUAGAGAUUUAAGUUUGUGGCAAGAGGAAGUGCAUUGUCGGGUCCAGACAUCAAAUGUGAUACAUAAUAAUAAAUAAAUAUAUUACUAUUUAUCUAAUAACAUAUACAUGCAUAUUUUUCUGGCAUAUUGCAAUUUAAUCUGCACGUGCACCCAUCUAAAGGCAUUUUGUGAUCUUAUAUAAUGUAAAGAAUAUUCUGUGGAAAAAUAACCUUGAUAUCUUUAAUAUACUGAGUACGGCCAUGAAAAUCAGUAAGAAAAAUCAAACUUUGAUGCCCUUAAUUUCAUAGAUUGUAAGACUUUACCCUGGAUUUCACAGACAGUCACAUAUUAUAUGUAUCAUUUACAUUUUUUUUUUUUUAAGAAAAUAUGAAUAGCUGAACUAAAGGUCAGUCCAUAUUAGACAAGCAUCACUCCCCAUCAUACACUGCCAAAAAUAAAGGCCAGGGUUCCCACGGGUCCUUGAAAUCCUUGAAAGUUUGUGAAUCUGGGGGGAAAAAAUCCAAGGCCCUGUGAAGUUUUUGAAAAUAUACAUACAUAGAUACAGGUCAUUGUAAGUGCUUGAAUCUAUUUUAUGCAAGAAGUUUUCUGGGAAAAAAAUCCAUAUUAUUCUCUGUGUAGUGUAGGAUCAUAAAAAUUUGAGACUUUUUAACCACACGUGCUAAACUGUUCGCUUUAAAUGCUUAUCUCUUCUGUAUGCGUAUGAUUCAUACCAAAAUGAUUUUUUGCAGUUGUGUUUCAAACAUGAAAACAUCUCGGGUUACGUAUGUAACUGUUGUUUCCUGAGAAGGGAACGAGACGCUGCGUCUCCCUUGCCAUACUUACUGCGUCCAUAUAACGCCGUCUUUGGCAAUAUUUCAGAUAGCGAUAUACUUCCUGGCUCCUGCGUCACCCUGUAUUUGUUGUUAAGCCUCACCAUUUGUUGAAUUUGAUAUACACAUUCAGACGCACUUGGAGGCGUCCCCAAAGUGUCACCGCAGUGACGCAGCGCGAGUUCCCUCAAAAGGGAACUGUAACAAUGAAUCUUAAAAGUUAACACGAUGUAACCUUGCUCUCACUUGAAAUGUGUCCCCACAUUUAGUCCUUGAAUUUGAGGGUAUUGGAGCUGGAAAGUCCAUGAAAGGUCCUUGAAUUUGAAGUUAACUAAGGUGUGGGAACCCUGAAAGGUACAAAAGCUGUCACUGGGACAGUACCCUUUAAAAAAGGUCCUAAUAUGAACCAUUUGUGAUGCUAUUUCUAUGUAAAGCGACCUUGGGUUUGAGAAAGGCCCUAUAUAAAAUAAACUUAUUAUUAUUAUUUGGGUACAAAUAUGUGUCUUUGAACUACCAAUAAGUACCUUUGAAGUACUAAUAUGCACUUUGGUACAAAGGAGUACCUUUUUGAAAGGGUACUGUCCCAGUGACAACAUUUGUAAAUUUAUUUCUGCUCUUGCUUGUUUUAUGUCAGACUGUCUAUGGAAAAUAAAAUUGUUACAUUAGAAAUGUUUUUGAUGUUGUGAUCGGUCUAAACGGCUUUGUAUAUAUA